AUGAAUUUCAAAGAAAGAGGAGAUAUAAUAGUGGUUUUGAGUGCAAUUUUGUUGAUAUUGAGGUCGGUGGAAUCGAUUCGUUUCGAUCUGGAAACUGGGCACACCAAAUGCAUAGCAGAGGAUAUAAAACUGAAUUCAAUGACUGUUGGAAAAUAUCAAGUCGUAAACUACAAUGAGGGAUUGCCUUUGCCUGAUUCCCAUAAAAUUACUAUUCGGGUUACUUCAUCAUAUGGGAACAACUACCACUACGCAGAAAAUGUGGCUUGGGGACAUUUCGCGUUUCAGGCAGCGGAUGCCGGUGAUUACAUGGCUUGCUUCUUCGCAGCUGACACCAAACCCUCAAGUUUUAUGACCGUAGACUUCGAAUGGAAGUCUGGUGUUGCUGCCAAGGACUGGAGCAACAUUGCCAAGAAAGGUUCUGUUACGGCAAUGGAACUGGAGUUGCAGAGGAUGUAUGAUACGGUCCAGGCCAUUCACGACGAGAUAUAUUAUCUACGUGAAAGGGAAAAAGAAAUGCAGCAGCUAAAUAUAUCGACCAACUCAAAAAUGGCGUGGCUCAGUUUUCUGUCACUUCUCGUUUCCUUAUCUGUCACAGGGCUGCAGCUUAGGCAUUUGAAGUCAUUCUUUCAAAAGAAGAAGCUUAUUUAAACUCACCAUGUCUGCCUUUGUAUUCCAAUAGUUUC